AUGGGUUCGGCGAAGAUGACAAAAACCGGAAGAUCAGGCGAUGCAUCUGCUACUCUUCCGAAAACGUCUGAAAAAGGGACGUGGGUUGGUCAUCUCCUCAAAAAGCUAAUGGGGCAAUGCCACCAAAAACCGUCGCAGGCUGAGGAAGAAGGAAAUGGAUUCGUCCUCGAUAACUGGGGACGUCCGAUUCCCGUAUCUCCACGGGGGAACUUGCCGUGCUUGUUCUUCUAUUCCGAAUGUAGACGAGGCAGUGGGCCUCUGUACGAUGUUCCUCCGUUUAAUCCCGCCAUCCACGGUCACCAGUGUCCUCAGGGCGACAGGAGAGCGUGA